CGGCCGGAGAUAGGGAGUUCCGGUGAUUUCAGCGGCUAUUAAUUGGCGCGCAAUCAAUGAUCGCUUAGUACCUGAGCGCUCCCUUUGCUGUUCGCAAGUUGCACCUGCCGUCGCCAAAAUGCCCACCGUGGACGCCAUAAGCGACCUCGCCAACCGCUUCACCAACGACCUCGAGCUGUGUCGCCGCGAGGACCGAGAAUUCGAGAUCGCCACUGAGCUCAAUGAGAUCGCCGACGCUCUAUCCGCCUCGAAGGACCCGAAGAUCGUGUCGGUGGACUUCCAGCCAAUGUACAACGCCGUCAACCACCACUGCGAGUUGUACGAGCUGGUCGACCGCCGCACCGACUGCGUGGUCGUGCGUCGUGGGGGCCUCCUCUCCAUGGUCGUCAAGCUGAACCAGAACGUGGCGCUCGCCUCGGCUCAGGAGCUCAAGUUCUACUUCUCCUUCGGUUCUCGGCCUAACGUGGAGAAGGGGACCCAGGCUCACCUCGUUGUCACGGGAAAAACCAAGAUUGAAAAACACCACGACGACUGGGACAUAAGGCUCGUCAAGGAGUCGGGGAAGAAGGCUACGGUUGAGGUGCAAAUCCCGACCGACGCCCCCGUGGGUGUGUGGAAAGUGGCGGCCGAGGUGACGCUCCGGAACCAGGCGGGAGAGAGGCACCUGAGGCGGUUCGACACGCACGUCUAUAUCCUCUUCAAUCCCUGGAAUGAAAAUGAUGGCACAUACCUUCCCGAGGAAAAAAUGCGCCAGGAGUAUGUGCUUUCUGCCGUAGGCACGGUAUUCGUGGGCAGUUACCCGCACACUCGUGGCCGCCACUGGGCCUUCGGGCAGUUUGACGACGCGGUGCUGCCGGCAUGCAUGCUGCUGCUCGAGAGGUCGGGCGUCAGUGCCGAGGCGCGCGGGGACCCCGUGCGAAUGUCGAGGGCCCUCUCCAAGAUGGUGAACAGCAACGAUGACUCGGGCCUUCUCGUGGGCAAGUGGGACGGAGAGUACGAGGACGGCAGGGCGCCCGCCAAGUGGCUCGGUUCGAUCGAGAUUCUGGAGAUGUACCUCAGGACACGGCAGUCGGUGAAGUACGGCCAGUGCUGGGUGUUCGCCGCCUGUCUCAACACCAUAUGUCGCGCCCUGGGUCUGCCGUGCCGUGUCGUGACCAACUUCGCGUCUGCACACGACACCAACAUCUCACUCUCCAUCGACGAAUACUUUGACGAGGACGGCGACCAGAUCGAUGCAGCCGAUCGUUACGUCAACCCAGCUGGCAUUCGUGACUCCAUCUGGAACUUCCACGUUUGGAAUGACGUGUGGAUGAGCCGACCUGACCUCCCUGACGGUUUCGGAGGCUGGCAGGUCAUCGACGCCACGCCACAGGAGACGAGCGAUGGGUCCUACCAGUGCGGCCCAGCUUCCCACGAGGCCAUCAGGCAGGGCCGCGUCGACCUGAAGUACGACGUGCCCUUCGUGCUGGCCGAGGUCAACGCUGACGUCGUGCGCUGGCAGAAGGACGACCGCGCGGAGGGAGGAUUCAAGAAGCUGGCGACGCAGACGAGCAGCGUGGGCCGCCUGAUCCUGACGAAGAAAGCCGGUCCCGUGGCCACAGGAGGCUUCUUCAAGUCGGACCGCGAGGACAUCACGUGGGAAUACAAGCCCCCCGAGGGAACGCGGGCCGAGAGGGUCAGCAUCCUCAACGCCGCUCGAAGGACCCGCACCGCUCGCCAAGUCUUCGACAUGCCCAGCGAGGCCAAGGAGGACGUGACUUUCCAGAUCGAGGACCGCGAUCAGGUCCCCAUCGGCGAUAAUUUCUCCGUCACGAUAACCGCCACGAACACCAGCAGCGAGGUGAGGACGAUCAACGUGGUGAUGACCUGCGCCAGCAUGUACUAUACGGGAGCCAAAGCCCACACAAUCAAGAGGCAUGACGGGGAGCUGCAUCUGGAACCCAACCAGACCAAGACUAUGUCUAUGGAAGUCUACUAUUCUGACUACUACUCGAAGCUUGUGGACCAUGACCUUAUCAAGAGCAUUGUCAUCUGCAACGUGAAUGAAACGACGCAGUGCUGGGGCGGGGAAGACAACCUGGAGGUUCACAAGCCUGAUAUCAACAUUGAAGUGUUGGGAUCGGCCGUGGAAGGUAAGGCUGUUCCUAUCAGGGUGUCCUUCGAUAACCCUAUUCCACUGCUGUUGAAAGAAUGCUGUCUGAAGCUGGACGGGCCGGGGCUCAUGCGUCCGAAGACAGUGCCACUCGAAAACAUCGCCCCCAAAGGAAAGAUGAACUUUGAGAUGAACCUGUACCCGAAGAAGGCGGUGGAGGGUACAUUGAUCGUGCAGUUCAACAGUAGGGAGCUGUGCAACCUCACUGGUGCCAAGAAGAUUAGCGUGGCCAGUGCUUGAAUCUGGAGACGAACUGAGAAGCUUACAAUUCUGUGUUUAUUUAUUUUGUUUUGCGUGGACCGGGGACUAAAAAAAAAACUAAGCCAAAGAGAGAAACCUUUUCCUGUUUGUUGUUUUACGCUUAUGUGUAGCGCUAUUUCGCUACUAACAAUGUUGAGCAUUAAGUUCCUUAGAUAAAAACUUAUAGGAUUUAAGAACAGUAGUCUGCAUACGUAUUUACCAAGAGCUUUGGGAAUAAGUAUGUGAAAUGCACUUAAUGUAUUUUUGCUUUAUGUUUGAAUUAGCUAUAGGUAAGUUAAUAAAAAAAAAUGCAAUAGCUUCAUUUUUGUUUAAGUAAUAUAUUGAAUAACGGUCAAAUGGCCUGACUGACAGAAUGUCUGAUAACAAUAUCUGAAAUUCAAAAUGGUAUUAUAGUAUCCCAGUAAACUAUAGUAUGAUUAAUACAAGACUAAUACAAACCUGGUUUAUCAUUGCGAAAUUCCAGGAAAUCACAUAGAGAAAUGUUUGUUAGAAGCAAAUUAAUAUUUUGCUUUUUUAUCAUUUCCUUUUAAUUCGAAGAGUAAGAAACAUAACAAAUUAUGUUUAGUUUGCAACGAUUGUAUUGUUGAUGUCAGCUGCUUCUUUAAUAAAUAUGUACCAAAAUCAA